AAUUGGAGUAAAGAACAGGUGAUGUGGUGACGUCAUCAAGUCAGCUGCUGUUCCUGUCGCUGUUCCCGUUCCUCCGUCCUCCGGAGUCCAGACUCCAAAAGAACACACGUCUGUACUCUGUGUACUUGUACUUGUCGAAUUGAGAAACGGCUAACAUCAUUAUUAUUUGUACCAUUUUAAUCCCUCACGGCUUCAAAACCCGAUGACCCUCUCCCACAAUGCACCCGGUUCCGGAAGUGACGCAGCAGGGCAGCCAGCAGCGCGCCGGUCCCCGCGUGCGCAGCUUGUUUUGGUGAAUCCAACAUGGCGGCUCCUCUGGAAGUGAUCGUGACUAGUGACUCCGGCUCUCAGCUGUGGAACUGCACCGUGUUCGACCUGCACAGCGGCUCCAGCCUGCUGUCCUACCGGGGCGGGAACAGCUCCUCCCGGACCCUGGUGCUGCUGAACGGGGACCACCUGCUGUCCGCCCAGCUGGGCAAGAACCUCAUCAACAUGUGGGAGAUCCAGAGGAAGGACCAGCUGCAGCAGAAGAUGGUGUGUCCAGGUCUGGUCACCUGUCUAACCGCCGCCCCCAACGGACUCUUCCUCGCUGCUGGAGUCGCAGAGGCCGUUUACCUGUGGGAGGUGUCCACAGGUAAGCUGCUGUCCGUCCUCAGUCGCCACUAUCAGGAUGUCACUUGUCUGAAGUUCACAGACGACAGCAGCCAUUUUGUUUCUGGAGGAAAAGACAACCUUGCUCUGGUGUGGCGUCUGUCCAGCGUGAUCCAGCUCGAUUUAAGCCACGCCCCUGAGCCGCGUCAUGUGCUGUCUCGUCACUCUCUGCCAAUCACAGACUUGCACUGUGGCCUGAUGGGAGCUCAGGCCCGAGUCGCCACGGCCUCCUUAGACCAGACUGUCAAGGUGUGGGAGUUGUCCUCAGGUGCUCUGCUCCUGUCUGUCCUGUUUGAUGUGGAGAUCAUGUCUGUGACCUCUGACCCCUGCGAGUACUUCCUGUUCUGUGGAGGCAGUGAUGGAAACAUCUUCCAGGUGUCUCUGUGCAGCCAGAGUCUCACUCGGGACAAGUCGUUCCAGUCAGACGGCGACGGGAACCAGGUCUUCAAAGGACACAGGAGCUUGGUGACGUGUCUCUCGGUGUCCAUGGACGGGACGCUCCUCCUCUCGGGGUCACAUGACGAGACGGUCCGCCUCUGGGACGUCCAGAGCCAGCAGAGCCUCCGCUGCCUGGCCCACAAAGGUCCAGUGACCAAUGCCGUCAUCGCGGCGGCUCCGGCCAACAUGUUCCUGCCCGACUGCCGGCCCGCCGUCCCGCUGCCGCGCUUCAGCCGACACCUGCAGGCCCCCGAGGGCGGCGAGUCGGGGGAAGUGUGUGUCCGCCUGGGGCUCGACACACAGGACGACGAGCAGACGUACCUGCAGAAAGCCGAGCGACUGAAACAGUUGAUGAACGCCGUGACCGACAAGGCGCUGUUUGGAGACGGAGAGAACACGAAGCUCCGGGUGGCCGAGCUGGAGGAAGAAGUUCAGACUCUGAAGAAAGUCAAUAAAGAUCUGUACGACUUCUCCAGCCAGCUGCUCACCAAGCCCACAUGAGCACACACACACACACACACACUGCUCACCAAGCCCACAUGAGCACACACAUACACACACGCACACACACACACACACACUGCUCACCAAGCCCACAUGAGCACACACACACUGCUCACCAAGCCCACAUGAGCACACACACACUGCUCACCAAGCCCACAUGAGCACACACACACACACACACACACACACACUGCUCACCAAGCCCACAUGAGCACACACACACACACACACACACACUGCUCACCAAGCCCACAUGAGCACACACACACACACACACACACACACACUGCUCACCAAGCCCACAUGAGCACACACACACACACACACUGCUCACCAAGCCCACAUGAGCACACACACACUGCUCACCAAGCCCACAUGAGCACACACACACACACACACUGCUCACCAAGCCCACAUGAGCACACACACACACACACACACACUGCUCACCAAGCCCACAUGAGCACACACACACACACACACACACACACACACUGCUCACCAAGCCCACAUGAGCACACACACACACACACACACACUGCUCACCAAGCCCACAUGAGCACACACACACACACACAGCUCACCAAGCCCACAUGAGCACACACACACACACACACACACUGCUCACCAAGCCCACAUGAGCACACACACACACACACACACACUGCUCACCAAGCCCACAUGAGCACACACACACACACACACUGCUCACCAAGCCCACAUGAGCACACACACACACACUGCUCACCAAGCCCACAUGAGCACACACACACACACACACAGCUCACCAAGCCCACAUGAGCACACACACACACACACACUGCUCACCAAGCCCACAUGAGCACACACACACACACACACACACAGCUCACCAAGCCCACAUGAGCACACACACACACACUGCUCACCAAGCCCACAUGAGCACACACACACACACAGCUCACCAAGCCCACAUGAGCACACACACACACACACACACACACACACACACACACACUGCUCACCAAUCCCACAUGAGCACACACACACACACACACACACACUGCUCACCAAGCCCACAUGAGCACACACACACACACACUGCUCACCAAUCCCACAUGAGCACACACACACACACACACACACACAUGCAAGAGACACAAUCAUAAUCGCAAAUGAUUUUUGUUAGAAAAUAAAAGGUUUUUUUUUUUCAUAGCACUUGUCUUUGUUGGUGCUGCGUUGCUCAGAGGCACUGCAGCUGCUGCAGACUAGAACCUACAACUCGCCCACAGAAUCACAAGAAACAACGUACUGCCCUCGAUACCAGCCGCACUACCGGAACUCACCACAGGGAAAUGAGUUAUACAUACCUGCAAACUUGUCACCUUUCGGUGAAAUUCACCGUUUUAAAAUCAAAAUAGGUCAUCCAAGUGAAUCGUGUCGAUCCGAAGAGUUUUUGUUUUUUGGUGGGGGUCAACUGGCCGGUGUUUCUGAGAUUGGAGUGGGACACGGAGAAAAUGUGGAGUGGUGCUCUUCGCAAUAAAACAUCUUUGAUGGGACGUGUCGCGUCUCGGCCAAUCAGCGUUCAGAUGUCGACAUCGUUUGGGGGUUCAGGUUAGCUUGAAUGUCACCCCGCUACAUCUGCUGCUGUCACGCUGCACGGUGUAGCGAUGCUAACGAAGUACCCGUACGUUAAACACCAUGUGAUUUAGCAUAUUUUUUUGUAUCAAUACUUCAUUGAAAGAGCACGAUCUCUGUGUCAAGCUGUCUGCACGCAAUGCGCUGCGCAGCGCUCAGCAAGUGGCAGAGCUUUUGAGACUUAAAGUCUUCAGCUUUAAAAAAAGAAGAAAAAGAUGAUUCCAGAAGUGAAAUGUUUCAGUUCUUUGUCUCCAAGGCAGACAGUCUGUAAAGUUAUGCAACUCUCCAGCUGCUCAUCCUGAUGAACUGUGUAUCAUCUGGUCAGAGACUAACGGCCUCAUAGUGUAUCAUCAAUGCUAUGAUGGAACAUUUGUAGUUUCAUUCAUAUCUGGCUUUAUUAAUACUAAUAUUACUGCCAUUUGUUAAGUGUUGAAAAAGUUGGUAAAAAGUGAACCAUACAGAUGUUUUAUUUAUUACUAUUAUAGAAAAAUGUACCAGUAUCGUAUUUAUGGUAUUAUAUUGUUUUUAUGGUAUUGUAUCGAAUUCUGGUAUGAUAUUUAUGGCAGGUAUCGUAUAGAACAGCGAUUCCCAAACUGUGGGCCGCGGCCCAUUGGUGGGCCGCGAAGGUACUGCAGGUGGGCCGCGAGAGGUCAUUUACAAUAAAUAAAUAAAAUGUUUUUAAUUUUCAA